AGCAAAUGUGGUAGGGUAGGGAUGCACCAUAAAAUCUGCUCCUGAUGGGUUAUUCCUGGACAUUCCUGAGGACACUUUUCAUCAUUAGCAGGAAUACAACUCUGGUGAUUCAACUUUGCCCAAAGACAGAACUUUAGUGAUCAGCACUGCGUAUAAGCCAGCUUUCAAGAAGGAGCCACACUAGGACUUCUCCAAAGUAAUGUUGCUAUAUACGUGGCUUCAUGACGACUAUCACUGAAGCUCUGUUAUUCCUGAGGGUCUUAUUCCUGGUGCAGUUGUUCGGGGUGCUUCUGUCUUUUCCUGGAUUCACUCAAACUAAACAGUACCAGUUUCACAGCCCCCCAGAGGUAGUGAUACCCUUAAAAAUACCUGGCACAGCCAGAGGAAUUAAGCUUCCAGGAUGGCUUUCCUAUAGCCUACGUUUUGGGGGCCAGACACAUUUUAUCCACAUGAAGCCCAAGAAAAAUUUGCUAUUCAAGAACCUCCCAGUAUACACUUAUACACAGCAGGGUGCUCUGCUUGAAGACCACCCUUUUGUCAGGAGUGACUGCUAUUAUCAUGGUUAUGUGGAAGGAGACUCAGAAUCUUUGGUGGCUCUCAGUGACUGUUUUGGUGGCUUUCAAGGAAUGUUACAGAUAAACAGCACUGCUUAUGAAAUCAUGCCUGCAAUGUUUUCUACUACAUUUGAACAUUUAGUAUACAACUUGGACAAUGAGCAGAGACAAUACUCAAACAAAACAUCUGACAUUAUUCAAGAUAAAAUAAAGGACGAUGUGGAAUUUGAAGAUAUUAAAGAUUUCACUCUCAGGCAAAGUUUACAUUACGGCUGGUGGAUCCAUCACAAGACUGUUGAAAUUGUAGUGGUGAUUGAUAAUUACUUGUACCUUCAUUAUGGAAAAAAUGAAUCACAGUUGAUGGUGGAUUUAUAUUAUGUAGCUAAUAUGGUGGAUUCCGUUUACUAUUUUGUGGGUAUUAAGGUAUUAUUGUGUGCCUUAGAAAUCUGGACUACUCCAAAUCCUGUUGUAAUAGAUGAUGUAAGAAAAUCUCUGGAUGAAUUUUGCAGAUGGAAAGCUGAUAAUAUUUUUCAUCGACUGAAACACGAUACUGUACACCUUUACAUGUACAGAGAAUUAAGAGGAUUAAGCGGCUUAGGAGCAAAUAGAGGAGCAUGUAAACUACGACGUGGUUGUGCACUCAUUACUAUGGUGAACAGAAGUUUGGCCCUUUUUGCAAUUGCUGUAUCUCAUCAUCUAGGUCAUAAUUUGGGCAUGUACCAUGAUGAAUAUACAUGCAGAUGUGGUGCAUUCAAAUGCCUAAUGCAUGAGGAUAACCCACCUGUAACGCUAUUUAGCAACUGUAGUUAUAAUACUUUUUGGUGGUUCACUCUAACCCAGACACCGUGUCUGCUAGAAAAUAUAUACUCAAAGGACAUCUUUGAUAGGACACGCUGUGGGAAUGGCAUUGUUGAAAAGGACGAGGAGUGUGAUUGUGGAUCUUUACGAUCUUGUGCAGAGGACCCAUGUUGCUUACCAAACUGCACUAUGAGUUAUGGGGCUAGUUGUGCCUUUGGGCUUUGCUGUAAAGACUGCCAAUUUUUACCAUCAGGGGAACUGUGUAGAAAAGAGGCAAAUAUAUGUGAUCUUCCAGAGUGGUGCAAUGGGACUUCCCCUAUGUGCCCACAUGAUGUGUAUGUGGAAGAUGGGAUUCCCUGUAAUGAGAGUGCCUAUUGCUAUGCAAGGGAAUGUCAUACUCACAAUGAAAGUUGCAGGAUGAUUUUUGGCCAUGAGUCAAGGAGCGCAAAAGAGAUUUGCUAUAAAAACCUGAAUACUCAAGGUAAUCGUUUUGGUCACUGUGGUAUCAGUGGUCCUAGAUAUAUAAAAUGUAACAUGUCAGAUAUCAUGUGUGGGAGACUUCAGUGUGACAGUGUGAAAGAACUUCCCCUUUUGAAUGACCAUACUACAAUCCACUGGACCCACUUCAAUGAUGCAACUUGCUGGGGUACUGAUUACCACCAUGGGAUGAAAAUUCGUGAUAUCGGUGAUGUAAAAGAUGGCACAAAAUGUGGUGAAGAACAUCUCUGCAUCAAUAGACAUUGUGUCCAUAUAUCUCAACUGGACAGUAACUGUUCACCUGAAUUCUGCAACAUGAGAGGCAUCUGCAAUAAUAAGCAACAUUGUCACUGCAACUAUCUGUGGGACCCUCCAACCUGUAUAAUAAAAGGUUAUGGAGGCAGUGUUGACAGUGGCCCACCCCCUAAAAGAAAGAGGGAACCUAAAUUUUGUUACUUGUGUAUAUUGCUCCUUAUUAUUUUGCUUAUUUUAUUAUGUUGUUUUUGUUGCCUUCUUAUGAAGAGGAGAAGUAAGAAAAAAGGGAAACAACUUCCCACAUCUGAGAAAAAGCUACCGAGUCUACCUGGUUCUUUGCACUCCCAGAAGAGUGAACCCGGAUCCGUGAGUUCCCUGAAGAGUGAAGUUGGUUCCGUGCUUUCCCACAGGAGUGAAGCUGGUUCUGUGCAUUCCCUGGGUCAACCUAGCAUACAAAGGCAACCAACUCCAAUUCCAAAGACUCCACCUCCCAUAAAACGUCCUUAA